CAGAGCAGAGAGAGAGAGAGAGUCUGUGGAUCGCUCACUACGCACCAGACCGCAGUCGGUAAACGGAGAGACUCACAAGUCAGGAGCGACACGCACCGGGAGGACUUGAAGGCACCGUGCGUCGCUGCACAGCGCAUGACCGGCGGCGGGUGGAGGAUGCUGUCAAGCCGCUCCGUGGUUGUGGAGUGCGGGUAGUGCGCACCGCUCCGCUCCGGGUCCAGGUCGCGUAAACGGACGCUCCGGUUCUCCGGUGCCUGGAGAGGAGAAGAACCGUGUCCGUGGACUUUUCCAUCACACUGGACUUUUGGUUUCACGCCUGCUCAGCGGUUGAUGAGAUUUUUGAAGGAGAUCCGUGGCCAGUAUUUAUUCCAAGAAAGACUUUUCCCCUCAUAAGCGCAGAGGUAGUUUUACUAUCCACGGCUGCGACUGGACUUUUCCCUUGUUUCCACUAUGGGACCUUAUAAAAAAAGUCGCUCUGGGACAUUUGACAUUGGACUGGAAUAAUGAAUUAGCUGUCAGAAAUUUUCAUAUUCCCACUUCUAUAGCUCCAGUUCUCCAGCGCUCUCCUUUUUUAGUUUGAUAGUGCCAUGUUCGCUCCGGAGAAAUACGCACAGAAAAACUUUGGAAUAUUAUAAGUCACUCGUGCAGCAAGUUAAGUAAAAUUGUUUUUUAUUUGUCUGUUUAAUGAAAGAGAUAAAGAGAAGCAGUCAAGUGCAUGAUUAAACACGAGGACAGAGACACACUUUACGUGCGUAUUUGGACACAGUCUGUCCCCUCUAUCCUACGCGUCCUUAGAGAAGUUGGAAAAACAAAAACAAUUGAUCCACAAUAAUGAGAACUUAUCUGGUGAGUUUCAAAUUUUAAAGCGGCAACGCAGUUUAUUCACCAGUGUAAAACAAACAUUUGAAUAGUUUCUUGUAUAUGUUUUUUUCAUUUUUCUUUUUGGGGACAGACGGAAAAACUGGCCAACUGGCCGUCAUGUGGGAUUGAUUGCAAGGGAGUAUGUUUGGGCUGGAGCAGUUUGGUUCUCAGAUUAAUAGCAGAAACCCUGGCCAGUCAGAGAGAAACAUAAACCAACAGAGACUGAACAUGGGAUCCCACUAUAAAAGCCCAGGUUUUCACGCUGGAGGCCCACCGGGAGCAGUGGAACCCGGCAUGGGCCCUCUGAGCGAGCCGCAAAUGCUGGGGCUCAAUAUGAACAUGAACGGAGAGCAGUACGGUGGCUUUCACCCGCGGGGCCACUCAGACAUGCAUGCAGGCAGCGGACUUCAGCAGCAGCAGCAGCAGCAGCAAGGACCCAUGCAUGGAUUUUUUAACAACCAGCAACCUCACCAAGGACAUCCUCACGGCCAUCAACCUCACCCCCACCAACAUCACCCACAUUUCAGUGGGAAUUUUGGAGGCCCAGAGCCAGGGUCAUCAUGCCUGCACGGUGGCAGGUUAAUGGGCUUCAACAACAAUGGCAUGGGACCACAGCAGGGCUUUGGAGAAGGAUUUGAUCCUCUCUCUGAGGGACAGGCAGGGGAUGGCUUUCCCCAGCAGCAGCAGCAGCAACAGCAGCAGCGGCCUGGUAAUAUGCCUGACUUUCAACAUCACGGGCCUCCCAGUGGCAGCCAUGCUGUCCCUGCUCCCUGUCUACCCCUCGAUCAGUCCCCUAACAGAGCAGCCUCCUUCCAUGGUCUCCCCUCCUCUUCAUCCUCCUCCUCUGAGUCUCAUGGCCUGGAGUCUCGGCGGAUGCCAAACCAGGGAGCUGUGGAGGGAUUAGAGUAUAACUUCCCUAGUGAGCCACCAUCUGGACAUUUUGAUGUUCCUGUAUUUUCCCCAUCAGAAUCAGAAUCUCAGUUACCCCACUUUGGGCCAGGAAGGCCUGUUCCUGGCGGGAAUUUCCCAGGGAACCCUGGCAUGCCACGGACACCAGGUAUGCAGGGCAUCUCUAAGGGACAUCAGCCACCGCCACAACCCCAGCAGCCUCAGCAUGGAGUGUUUUUUGAGCGCUUUGGAAAUGGCCGGAAGGUGCCCGUGGGAAUGGAGCCGGGGGUCAAUACAAGACAUCCUCUCAUGCAACAGCAACAACAGGCUAGUUUGAUAGCCAGGCAGAACUCAUGCCCCCCUGGCCUCCCCCGACCCCCUCAGGCUGAGCCCGGCUCCACUAACCCUAACAUUCUGGAUGGAGGGGUCAUGAUUCCUGGCCAACACAACCAGUUUGAAUAUCCCAUUCACAGACUGGAAAAUAGGGGUCUGCACCCCUAUGGGGACCCCAUGUUUAAUAUGCAACAGCCAGCUCCUCCUCCCUCCCAACAGCCCCCGAAUCAGAGGCUUCAACACUUUGACUCUCCUUAUAUGAACAUGGCGAAAAGGCCAAGAUUUGACUUUCCUAAUGCACAUGGUGGUGAAGGCUGGUGUGGUGCUAUGGAUAACCACCUCUCUCCCUCUGCAUACCCUGGCCUGCCUGGAGAGUUCACUCCACCUGUGAGUGAAGGCUUCCCACCAGGUCCCCUGCAGCAUCCUGGGCCUGAGCAGCAGUCUCUGCAGCAGCGCCAGAACGCAGCCAUGAUGAUAAAACAGAUGGCGUCUCGCAACCAGCAGCAGAGGAUGAGGCAACCUAGUCUGCAGCAGCUUGGUCACCACGGUGAAGUGCCUCCUGGCCCGAUGGCUCACGGAGGCCCAGUGGGGGGCAUGCCUCAGCCCAACUUCGACAGAGAGACUGGUGGCAGGAUGCCCAACAUUGAUGGACAAAAUCCUCAUGUCACUCAGGAGAACUCCUGGUUCCAGGGGUCCCACCCACCUGGGGAGAUGAUGUCACGGCGUAUGGGUGGAGCGGGAAAUGAAUCAGGGCCCCAUGAUAUGGGUCUGCAGCAGAAUGGGGCUGGGAUGAUGUUUAGGCCAGGCAUGGGCAUGCAGGAGCCCAUGAGAAUACCUGGAGAUGGACAUGUACAGGCUCUCCAUUCCCCGGGCAUGCACUCACAGUUCAGCGGUAACAUGGGUAACCUCUCACAAAUGCAGUCUCCAGGAGCAGGAGCAGGGCAUCCCAAUGCACCGGCAGAGAGGCGGCCAGCUGACUUCCCUGCACCUCCAAUGGGAGCACAGCCAACGUUUCCCUAUGGGGGCGCUAACCGUCAGGGGUCAGCCCACAGCGCUCCCCAGGGGGUGAGCACCUCACCAGGGAGCUACCCUCCUCAGUCUGAGUUCCCCCCAGGCCAGCGGUCGUCUGUUAGUAAGCUUGGAGCUCUGUCCCUUGGGAACUUCAACAAAACCAGUGCUAAAGACAGUGUUUUCGGGCAGAGCUGCCUGGCGGCCCUUUCCACGGCCUGCCAGAACAUGAUCGCUAGCCUAGGGGCCCCCAAUCUUAACGUAACAUUCAACAAGAAGAACCAAAAUGAGGGCAAGCGAAAACUGAGUCAGACAGAGCAGGACAUUAAUAGCAGCACAUCUAAUGGGACUGGCAGUGCUGGUCCUGAAUAUUUUCAGAGCAGCACUUCCCAGAACAGCCAGAUGCCUGGCACCGGGAAUAGCAACUCUAAGCCUGCAAGUCAAAGCCAGACGGUGCAGGGGGAAGCCAGUGCCCUCUCCCCAAAUUACAACAUGGACGCUACCCCAUGCAGUGAGGGGAAGGCAACAACAGGGAGUGGGAGAGGGAGAGGGAGGAGAAAAAGAGACAGUGGACAUGUGAGCCCUGGAAUUUUUUUUUCCUCUGACAAUGGUAACCCUGUUGUAAGUCCAGGCCAGCAGACCCCCUCAGCUGGCGUUGGGGAGAGGGGUGGGGGCACGCCCCAUGAGAAACACCUCCAGUCACCCUCAUGGGGAAAAGGAGGUGACCUAAUGUUGGGGGACCAGGCCGACCUGAUGUCUUCAUUGGACAGUGGUAUUCAAAGUGUGGCCAAGUCUGACAGUAGCUCACCACGAGUGGACUUUCCUGACGAUGUCAGCACCCACUACGGCAACGAGGAUGAGGUGUCCUCCAGCUCAGAUGCUGGAGGGGCCUCAGUCACCAAGCCUAAUCGCAGCCCUAUGAUCACCGGCUCACCCAAAAUGCAGAGGAGUGACCACGGGUUGAUAAAUGGACAAAAAGCCCUGAGCAUGGGCAUUAACAAUCAUACUACCUCGACUCCAGACAGCUAUGGACUGAAUGCUGGUGGGGGCACAGGGGCCAGUGGGGUGAGCCACCCGGGCACUCCUGGGGUGGAGCAGGUACGCACCCCAUCCAGCACCUCUGGCCAGGAAGAAAUCCAUCCCCUGGAGAUUCUGCAGGCCCAGAUCCAGCUACAGAGGCAGCAAUUCAGUAUCUCUGAGGACCAGCCUUUAGCCAUGAAAAAUGGCAAAAAGAAUGGUGACUGUCCCUCGCAGAAUGGAGACAAUGAGCUGGCGAGCUGCAGCCCGGAUGCUGGGAAGGGCUCAAUAGGCACUAUUGACCUUGACACCCUCAUGGCAGAGCAGCACGCCACCUGGUACGUGCCCAGCGACAAGGCCAUGAUGGAUGGGUCAGAGGAUGACAAGGCCAUGGGACCCUGGGAAAAAAACAAGAGCCAAAACAACAGUAAAGAAGGUAAUUGA